AUCAUUCGAAAUUCACACAGAUAACUGCAAAGCAACAGCAUCAACAACCACUUCAAUCUCAUUCCCGUAGCCAAGAGAACACCGUCUUACACAUUCUUCAAAUUCAUUUCAGAUUCUCUCAAUUAUCUUUUUAUAUUCAUUACAUUCGACUGCAAAAGAUGCCACCAAUUCCACAACGUCACGCUCCAGUCGUCAACAAACCUCGUCCUGCUACCAAUGCGACACCAGCACUCUCAUACACGCCCACAGACACUUCGAUCCCCCCUAGUCUCUACUCCAAGAUUCCUAGCUUGGAGCUCUACAAAAAGCUUGAAGAUGCUGAACGCGGAAUCGAUUUACUUAUUCUGAGAAAAGCACUCGACUUCCAGGCCAUUCAACAGAAGACGAUUCACCCUUCUAAUUUCAAAGGCGAGACUGGCGUGUUACGUGUCUUUGUCUACAACACCUGCGACAACCAACCUUGGCAAAAGCAAUUGCUUCACGAACAGGGCAUGCCUGUAGCAGAUGCCACUUCGGCGGAGGCUUCGUGGACAUUGCGUGUAGAAGGUCGUUUUCUCGGUGAUCAUAAGCAAGAUGCUAUCAACCCCGAAACGGAAGCAUUGAAGUUCUCGUCGUUCUUGUCGGCUCUCUCAAUCGACUUGCUUCCCAACGACGAUUACCCGGCUCUCCAAAACUCGCAGUCCAACAUCAUCGAGUGGAGAAACGACCUCGUAGACCAGAAGCCCAACUCUGCCAGUUUUGAUGGCUUGGAUAUCAAACGUAACGGUGUAUUCAAGAUCAACACCAAAAUCGCUCUUUUGGUCAAGAGCCAUGCUGCGACAUUCAAGCUCAGCGACGAAAUGGCCCAGUUCACAGGAAAGCAUGAAUCAACACAACAGGAGUUGAUCUAUCUCGUAUGGCAAUAUGUUUUGUAUAAAAAUCUCUUCCGUAAAACGGAAUCUCUCACCAAAGUCGAUGCAGUUUCUACGUCGAACAUCGUCACUGAACCCAUGAACCAGGACGACGAUGAGGACGAUCUCACUGUAGUUCAGGCUGACGAAGUGUUGCAGAAUCUCUUGAAUGUGAAAACCUUCAAGUUCUCUGAUUUGUACAAGUUGUUGCAACCUCAUUUCAAACCCAGGGCGCCUGUAAUCAUCGACUAUACUGUGGAUACAAGUAAGUCGUCUACUUUGGGCCAGACAGUGAUUGAUAUUCCUAUCGAGUUGCCUUUAAAUCUCUCAAAGAUCCAGAAGGAGUUGGUAGAUCUCAACAAGGUGGCGUUUGAAAACCUCACCAGGGCUGACAACACCAUACUGCAGUUGAACUCAAGAAUUUCUUUGGGUAUAGUAGCUCUUCAAAAUGCUCAUGGUAGAGAAAAAUUCUACAGAGAGUUGAGCGAAGACCCAGUCAAGUUCAUAGAGAGUUGGAUUGAAACUCAAGCUGAAACCUUGAAGGCACUUAAGAGCGACGAGGGCUACGACGAAGAGCUCGUCAGAAGAGCAAAGUAUUUCGAAGACAACGAGCACUUGAUCAGAGAAAAACUUGAUCUUUUGCUUGGAGCAAGCAGAUUCUAG